AUGUCAUCGAUAAUGAUUUUCCUAUCCCUUUUCUUGCUUUUCUUCCGUCACUGCAAUGCAGACGACAACUUUCUAUGGGGUUCUUCCUGCUCGCACCCCUCAGAAGCAAAAAGUUCCACGUGGACAACAAAUCUAAACAACUUGUUCAGCGCUCUGGAGACGAACGUGACUCUCAACAACGGCUACUGCAAAGCCGAGGCGGGUGAGAACGGUCCAGACAAAGUGUACGGCCUCAUACAAUGCAGAGGCGCGAUAUUUCCAUGUCCAACUGUGCGGACUGCACCAGAAACUCCUUCAACACCAACAGCAGCUCUUGCGACGACGGCGGCGGUGGCAGGAGGAGGAACAGAAGAGUCAUGGUUUAUCAGAGGUGGUGUGUUAUGCGAACAACCGGCGGUUGCUGCAAAGGGGAGAAUGAUGAUGAUGGGGCUGGCGGCAGCGGCUCCAGGGGAGGGUUUGAUGUUUGCGAAAGCGGAGAUGGAGGAUGCGAUGGGAGGGAAGAGGUAUGGGUUGGCUCAGUGCACCAGAGACUUGGUGAAGUCGGAUUGUAGGGAUUGUUUGGAGCACUUGUUAAAAGAGUAUGGGUCAAUUGGGACAGGGGCUACCGUUGUUGAGAAACGGAGUUGGGGUAUGUUUGUAGAGGGUUGUUUCAUGUUGUACGAUGAUAUUCCGUUUACUGCUAUUGAUGAGGGAGGUGGAGGGGUGAGACCUUCCCAUGCAGCAAAUAGAGCUUUGGCUGCAGGACGAUUAGCGACGGCCGCCAUAACCAUUUUCGUGACAGCAAUUGCGUUUCUCUAA